AUGGAUGCGCAGUUGGACGCACAAGAACAGCAGCUGCGGCGAACGAGUGCUUCAAAACCUCAAAACCAUCCAAACAUAGUACAACUUGAAACACCAAGGGAGGAGGGUGGUAACGAUUUCCAGCAGUCAUGCUUGUACCGAUCACUGUCGGAUUUGUCAGAAGAAGAACUCCAGCCCGUGGAAGGGCAACGCCACAUGGUUGCACCUCCGAUUGGUGUGCAUUUCAUGGAAAUGGUCACAACAGGUUACUUCAACUCUGGAGUUCCGUUCAUGCGAUGCAUCAAGAACUUUUUGUGUCAGUUUGGGUUGAACUCUGAUCCUACAGCAAAACAAAAAUUGCCGACGAAAGGAUCGAUAGAAGAUGAUCCAAAUUGGCUUCCGGAGGGUCCCAAUCAUCGAGAAAACAAACAAGGUGUCAAGCGAUUCGCUCGUGGAUAUUUGGCAUAUGCUGGAGGAGGAAAAAAAUCUAGAGGGACGCAGUUGAUAGUAGCGUUGAAAGAGAAUGGCCCACUUGCAGGAGGAUCACCAUGGGAGGUUCCAUGGGGAGAGCUGGUUGGCGCAGACUCGUUCCAGACGUUGGGCAAAAUUUACACGGGCUAUGGAGAAAAUGGGCCUCCACAAGGACGCUUGAUGAAAGAAGGAGCUUCAGAUGCUGUCCGAGAGGAAUGGCCCAAGCUUGACUACAUCAACAGUUGCCAGUUGGUGGAUGAAAGGUUUCAAGAGCAGCCACUACGGGUAGUAGACUUCAAUUAG